AUGGUAAGAACUUGUGGUGCUUCCUCCAAGAAGAUCCCUGUUUCUCAAUCCCGAAAGGUGCCAUCUCCUUCGCCUCCUCCGUCUGUAUCAACAACGCCUCUUUCUGUUCCAGCAGCUGCCACAUCUAUUGGAAAGUCCUGCAAAUCCAAGGCACGCAAGAAGGUGUUUUCGCUCUCUCAUGAACACCCUAUGGUGUUUCCAGAUAUCUCUGCUGACAUUGUCAAUGUUGCACCACCAUCUGAAGUGGUGGUGCCCUCUCGAGCCAAGGACCAUUCUCCUCUUCCUUUUGAUUCGUCUUUGGAGGCUAGGGCAAAAUCAAAAUCUGUUUCAUCCUCUUCCAAAGCUGUUGCUGCUGGGUUGCUCAAAUUUCCCUUGAAGCCGAGUCAGUCCAAGAAAAAUUAUGUGACUCCCAAAAGGAAAUUGGGGUUGGACGAGUCUCUUUCUCCCUUGUCUGCUGCCAAGAAAAAAUUGAAGGCUCAUCCCCCUUCACUGUCUUCCUCCGAAUCUGAUCCUGAGGAAGAAAAGUCAGAAUCUGAAGCAACCCAUGAUACCACAUUGUCUGAUGAAACAGUUCCUGACAAUGCAGAAUCAGAGGCUGAGUCUGAUGAGCCAGAAAAAGAAGACAUUGUCCCCUCUGAACAAGAAGUCGAAUCUGACUCAGACCAAAUUGCAUCUCCUUUGACAUCCAAAGCUAAAGGGAAGAAAUCUAUUUCUGAUUCUACACCUUCUCCAAAACGGUCAGGUGUAAAUUCAAACCUUAUUCUUCCAUUUUUUGCUAUAAUGAUAAUGCACGUGAUAUGGUUCUAUAUGCUCAAAGGAAAUUUAUCAUUGAAAGAAAUUAUGUCUUGA